CAGUUUAUUAUCCUCCUCUUUGAUGGAUAGUGAGUUUGAUGCACCGAGAUGGGACAUAAGUGCUCACUCACCCAUAAUUGAACAAGUAAUAUCGAAAUUCAAGUUUAAAUUGAAAUCUGGAGGCUUCUUUCGGUUAGCUAGGAACUCAUGUAGGCAAGUGUAUUGCUUUGGAUCUACAAAAUGUCUCUAUAUAGACACAUUUUCAUACAACUUAAAUCAUCUAGGUGAAGAGGUGAAAAAACACUAUUCAUCACAAACCGAUAUUGUUUUGUCCAUAGUAUUUGUUGACAAAUAUGCAAAAGAGCAAUGGUUUAUUGAACUUGAUAAUGAUAAGAGCUUCAUGGUGAUGCUAAACAUGUAUAAUGAGGAUAAAGAAGUAACAAUUUAUGCGACAACCGAAAAAUUAAGGUAUAACCCUGAACCGUUAAGUUGUCAAGAUAAAGUUAUUGAUGAAUUUGAUGAUGAAAAUGAGACAAACUCGGUUUGUCCAACUCAAGAAAGUUAUCAUAGUCUUCAUAGUUCUGAUAACGAAUACGAGCUUCUAAAUUAUGGUGAAACUUCUGCAUAUACAUGUUGUGGAGAUAAAAAUUACAAGUGGAGAAUUCAUGCUUCUCUUACACAAGAUGCUGUAACUUUUGAAGUAAAGAAAUGUGUAGAAACUCAUUCUUGUAUUCGAAGCAAAAAGAGUGGUAACAAACAUGCCACUCAAGGAUGGAUUGUUGAUGUUGUUACCGACAAGUUGAAAUCUGAAGGCGAUGUCUCUCCUACCGACCUAAAAAAGUGGCUUAUGCAUACCUACAAUGUUGAAGUACCAUAUAUGAGAGUCUUUAGAGGAAGAGAGCAAGCUUAUAUCGAUAUGUAUGGCAAGUGGGAUGAAUCUUAUGUAAAUAUAUAUGAUUUCAAACAAGAACUUGAAAAGAGAAACCCAAGAAAUGGGGUGGAGAUUGAUUUGCAGACAGUGGGUGAAAAGAAACAUUUCCUACGCUUUUUUAUAUCAUUAACAGCAUGUUCUAAGGGGUUUCUUGCUGGUUGCCGUCCUUACAUUGGGCUUGAUGCUUGUCAUUUGAAAGGGAAAUUUAAUGGUGUGUUAGCCGCUGCUACAAGUAUCGACGGUAACAAUGGUGACAUACGUUAUAAACCGGUGCUUGAUCUCCUUGAUGCAAUUAGAGAAAAGCUUAUGGAACGAUUUGACAAGAAAAGGAGUAAGAACUUGGGUGAAUAUCAAGUUUGUAGAAGCAGUGACAAUAAAGCAGAAGUGAAGUACAAAGGAUAUCAUUGGGAUGUUGUAUUGAACGAGAAAAUAUGUAGUUGUCGAAAAUGGCAAGUUACAGGCCUUCCGUGUGUGCAUGCAGCUGCUUUUAUUGGUUUCACAAGGGAGCCUAGUUGGGACAAAUAUGUUGAUACAUAUUUCACAGUCGACAAGUUUAAAGAAGCAUAUGCUUUAGAAAUUGGUCCGAUGCCCGAAAAAGAUCAAUGGGUGAAUAUAGAGUUAGUUGAUAAGAUAUACCCUCCUAUUAUAAAACGACCUAAAAAGAAUAGAAUUAUAGCACAUGAUGAGCCCAAGAAAAGACACAGAUGUCCGCGUUGUGGUAUAUAUGGACACCAUCAAAGAACUUGCAAAAAUCCUACAUCUCAAGGUUUUGAUGAAGCAUCCUUUAGCAAGAGGAAAGAACACAAAAAAUCAUGA